GUCGGCGUCUGUUCAGCCUCUUAGCCUCUUCAGGGCAAGAGUUCAACAGUUUUACAAUGCCGCAAAAUCACUUCGGAUUGUUCUUUGGGAAAUUGCAAAAACUGUAACGUUACAAAAUAUUUUAACGGAUUUCCGAAAUGUCUGCGACUCUGAGAUGGAGCUUCAGAGUUUCUGGCAAAAUUUCUAAUCGGAAUUUUCAUAUUCCGAACUAGUAUUUACCUCCCGCGUUUGGAAUUCCAGGAAGAAGAUUUAUCUAAGAUAUUCAGGUGGACAACAAACAUGAUGUUCCCUAAAACUGAAAGCUGACAGGAUGGACAACACAGGCAGCUCCAUGUCUGAGUGCAGUGAUCCCAAUGGCUAUGUCAACAAAGUCUUCAAUGUGUCCCUGGACAUGGACAGUGAAACAGGGAUUGUGCAAAUCCGAGAAUCCAAGUUUGCGGGUCCCGUCUCCUACCAGACACCCAUCAGAGGAAAGCAAGAGCCCCUUCGGGCCUCUAGGACAACAGGCAUCUGGCGGAUUCUCAACCGCCGGAAGGGGGCAUCUGACUAUGAGAGGCGGCCUCACUCUAUGAUCCUUCCAGGAGAGACGUCCAUUCCAAAGCUGUCAUUCACAGACAAGGUAAAGGGCUUCAAGAAGUUAAAGUCGCCAUCGGUAUUCAGAGGCAAAGUUGGCAAGCCCUCUUCUGUGAAGUUCCAUGGUGGGCUUAGAGAUGGCAUAAACGAACAAAGCCGGGACUCGCCCUCCUCACUGCACUCUCAGAGGAACAUUCUCAGGAAUAAAAGCAAAAGGCACUCAUAUGCCGGCUACACCACUGACUUUGACUGCUCCUUCGAGGAUAUAGACCUUUCUGCCACGCUUGAGGAUGAUCAUCAAGUGUCUAAGAGCGCAGUCAGCCAGCAGAAUGGAUGUAAGAAUCUGGAGAGAAUCACAUACAUGAAGAAAGCCCAAUCCAACUUUUCCAACUGCAACAACUCAUCUGUGGCAUUUCACGAGGAGCGCUACGUGAAGGAUUGCCCCAAGGUACCGCUAGGGGGAAGACGGUCAAAGGGGGGUGAUGUCUGGACUUACUUGAGAAGAAUUUCCUUCAUAGGAAGGGGAGGUUCAAAUUUAUUAGAGAAGAGUUUUGACUCCAUGCACACACUGGACAAAACAAUUGAUUCUGACUAUGGAUCUGUUGACUUAGAAUGUAUCAAAGACUUUAAUCAUGCACCUAAACAAACAGGCCCAGAUGUCAAGAGCAGCCAUUUUGGAGGCCUGUUCAGGUUUUUUAACAGUGUGGCUGAGACUGCCCGAAAAUGGAGGAACUCAUCCAGGUCCUUCUCACCUCCUGAAGGAGAGUGCUCCCCUGUUGGCUCACUGAGAGCACAGCGCAUUGGGGAAUUCCCUCACUCUGUAUCUGUGAUGUUAAGGAGUGAGGAGAAAGCUGAGGCCUCAACUCCCGCCAAGUCUGCCUCCCCUGAUGUGUUUGAGGUUGUCUCAUCUGCUGAAGAAGUGAGCCCAUCUCCUCGUGUGGUGCUGAAAUCCUGGAAAGCAUGUGCAGACUCGCAGAGUGCCAAUGGAUUCCAGGGCAGCAUCUCAGAUGGGACAGAGUCCCAGUUCACGUCCACUCACACCUCUCUGGCAACCAUUGAGAACCACCAGAGAUGUGAUGCUCCAGAGGGGAGUUCUCUAUCAGAGCCUGAGCUCCAGUUUGACCUCCUGUCACAGGAGGUAGGGACUCAUGAGCAGACUGAAGCUGGAUCCAAAGCCAAAGACCUGGGCACCCAAAAUAUUAAUGAUAAACAAGAUAUUUGUAGGGACAGGGAGGUAGUUCCAGACUGUCCUGAUGAAAUAUUCAAGGCCCUUUCUCGCCCUGCUGGUGUGUCGCCUCGGGACCCGCCGUUUAAAGUGGUCCUCCAGAGGUGUCGCUCCCUGCCCCUCCCCCAGAGUACCCUUCUGGGCCUUGAUGCGGUCGGCUUGCCACGGUUGUUAGCCCAUCCAGCUGGGUGUGUUCCACAUUUAGCCACUGUCCGGAUGAGGAACGGCAGCACAAGAUCCAGAAAACUGCUCAGGCCUGGUUCUGGACCUUUGCAAGUGAAUAUGCUGAUCAGUGGAGGUUCAAUCGUCAGCGCAGAGGCCGUAUGGGAUCAUGUGACCAUGGCCGAGCGUGAGUUGGCGUUUAAGGCGGGAGAUGUCAUCAAGGUCCUGGAUGCUUCCAAUAAGGACUGGUGGUGGGGCCAAAUUGAUGAUGAGGAGGGAUGGUUCCCAGCCAGCUUUGUGAGAGUCGAACCUCACCCUCCUCAACCCCAAACAAAACAGGUUUUCUAUAUCAACCCUAUAGCAACUCCAAGGUUCCAAAACACAACGGCAAAGCUUUGGGUGAACCAGGAGGACCGAGGCACAGAGCCAGCUGAUGGCACCAGUGAGAUCCAGAACGGUCACCUGGAGCCAGGUGGUGAUUGCCUCUGCCUGGGCCAGCCUCUUCAGAACAGGGACCAAAUGAGGGCCAAUGUCAUCAAUGAGAUCAUGAGCACUGAACGUCACUAUAUCAAACAUCUGAAGGACAUAUGUGAGGGAUACUUGAGGCAGUGCAGAAAGAGGAUUGACAUGUUCAAUGAUGACCAGCUGAAGGUCAUUUUUGGAAAUAUUGAGGACAUCUACAGAUUUCAAAUGGGAUUUGUUAGGGAUUUGGAAAAACAGUAUAACACAGAAGAACCUCAUCUCAGUGAAAUUGGACCAUGCUUCCUGGAACAUCAAGAUGGAUUCUGGAUCUACUCGGAGUAUUGCAACAAUCACCUGGAUGCCUGCAUGGAGCUAUCCAAGCUGAUGAAGGACGGCCGCUACCAGCAUUUCUUCGAGGCAUGCCGUCUCCUGCAGCAGAUGAUCGACAUCGCCAUUGACGGCUUCCUGCUUACACCUGUGCAGAAGAUCUGCAAGUACCCUCUGCAGCUGGCUGAGUUGCUCAAAUACACAGCUCAGGAGCACAGUGACUACCGCUACGUGGCUGCGGCACUGGCUGUCAUGAGGAAUGUCACCCAGCAGAUCAAUGAGCGCAAGAGAAGGCUGGAGAACAUAGACAAGAUAGCUCAGUGGCAGGCAUCUGUGCUGGACUGGGAGGGAGAUGACAUCCUAGACAGAAGCUCUGAACUGAUUUACACUGGGGAGUUGUCCUGGAUCUACCAGCCUUAUGGGCGAAGUCAACAGCGAGUCUUCUUCCUAUUCGACCAUCAGCUUGUUUUGUGUAAAAAGGAUCUGAUUCGGCGUGACAUUCUCUACUACAAAGGCCGCAUUGACAUGGACAGAUAUGAAGUGAGGGAUGCAAUUGAUGGCCGGGAUGACGACUUUAACGUCAGCGUGAAGAACGCCUUCAAGCUGCACAACAAAGACACGGAGGAGAUCCACAUCUUCCUGGCCAAAAAGCUGGAGGAGAAGAUUCGCUGGCUCAGGGCUUUUCAUGAAGAGCGCAAAAUGGUGCAGGAAGAUGAAAAGAUAGGUUUCGAAAUUUCUGAAUAUCAGAAACGGCAAGCAGCCAUGACAGUGCGUAAGGUGACCAAACAGAAAGAUUCAUUUAUAGAUAUCAUCUUGAGAAAGAGGGCCAUAUUAUAUGGACAUGGUAUAAGUCAAACCAGGUAUGUGUCCCCAUCCCCCCAGGAGUCCACAGCCCAAGGACAGUGUGUACUCCCUGAUGACUUGGCACAGUUGGACAUAUAUGAGAUUCAUCAACCUAGACGGAGCCAAUCUCCCUUCUGGCAAAAUUUCGGUAGGUUAACAUCAUUGAAAAAAUAGCCAAAAUAGUAGACUUCACUCUGGAUUACUGUGUUCCUGUGCGGCAUUUCAAGUGAGUAUGUCACAUGGUGGACAGACAAUAAUGAUGGGACUAAUGGACUUUGUUGUUCUGGAGAUGAAGGCAUUUCUAAGUAUCAGUAUCCCAGGAACAAUGUUUUCAUUCACCCAUUUUUUUUCCAGGAGUCUACUCUGCCAUGGUUAGUGGCACAGGGGAUAAUGUCUGUAACUGUAUUGCUUUUUGUACACUUUGGGGUUCACCUUAAAGGAUUUAAGGGCAAUAAUAAAGGCAUAAUUCAUCCAAAAUGGCUGACAUAGCUAAUAAUAGAAUACAUGCUAGUGGUAACCAUUAGCAUGAUUUAAUUUUGAAAAUCUUAGCAGGUUUCACUUAUUGUUAGUGGCAGCAGGAUUUUAGAGAAAGUAUUCCUUUGAAGUGUAAUCCAACAGAAUGAGUACUAAGCCAAAAAAUUUUUUAAAAAUCCUCCUUCAGGACUCACUAUGUUUGACAAAAUCAGACACAACGGAUACCCCUUUCUGAUCAUGCUCUGUGGUGAGCUAUAGAAGUGAUGGGCAGCCGAUGGUUGCUUUUACAGGCGGGUUCCUUGAAAUUGAUCUGCCACCAUUUUGGAACAAACAGAGUUCAAAAAGAGUUCAGAUGUAAAACACUCUCUGAGGGUGAUGUUUUUUACUUCAAGGCUUUACUUGGAAGGUUCAUUUGAAGGUGUGCCAUGCAGGUGGGUAUGAGGGAAAAUCAGUUUAACAUGACCAAAUCGCGCACCAAAUCUUCUGAACAGGGUAUUCAUUUAUUUUUUUAAAGUGACUACCCAUUUUGAAUUUGUAGUUUGCCAAAACGUUUCUUUUCAGUAGUUUGUGCCAAAGUCAUGUUAAGCAAAUACUGUAGAUUUGUUGUGUCUGAUCAAUUUCAGAUCUUAUUUGAAGCACUUUACUCAGUGUUCAUUUAUAACAUCUUGGUAGCAUAAUGUCACACAAUUAAUGUUUGGGUAUACUUUUAAUAGUUGCUUAGUUCUAUAUUAGAUAAUGAGUGUUAAACAGAUGGUAAGGCAUAAAGGUGGAUCAGAAUUUCAUAUAGAGAGUUAAUUCAACAGUACAGCUUGAAAAUAUGUUUUAUGCUGUAAGCCCACAUGUUAAGAGAAACACUGAAGUUUUGUAUGUCCACAUAGGUCUUGUUUAAAACUAUAUUUCUGCUAUUUUUGUCAAGAGAGUUUUUGAUUGUAUUGUAUCACCACACCCUAAUGAGCACAGCCAAAUCAUUCAUAUGAAUGGUAUUUAAUAGUUUUUUAUUGUCUAUGUCUAAUAGCUGAACUAAAUUCUAUUUAUCACUCUUCCUGAUAACGUAAAUAUUAAUAAAAAUGACAAUUUCA